AUUGCAAAGUGUUAGAGAGAUUGACAGAAAGAGAAAACGUGGAGGUGUCCAGGUAAAAGUGCUUUAAUUCCCUUCCUGGCUACACAGUGGAUCCUACAAUGCCCCCACUUCGUCGCCCCAAUGAGGGGCUCCUGGCACGCGUUAAUUUUCCCCUUUACUCCAUCGAGAUGCUGAGUAGUCGGCAUGUUUUGGUGGCUGGAGGUGGAGGAUCAGCAAAAACUGGCGUUGCCAAUGGAUUUGAAAUCUAUGAAAUCUACCACAAUGGCGAUAGAUUUGUGGCAGAAGAGGUGGUACGUCACGAAACUGGGCCAAGUGUUGUGAUGAACUGCGCUGUGCGGAGCGAUGGUAGGAGGUCAUUCCUUGUAGCUGGCCAGGAGAGUCACUGCCAGAUGUAUUUGGUGAAUACGAAGAUAAUUGAUGAGAAUGGUGUGGCAGGAAAGGCAGCAGAUGGUGAGGAGAAGACAACCACAAGGCAACGUCGUACCUCCGUGCGCCAAAAUCAAAAUUCAGGCAUUGAGGAGAUUCCCCAGGAAGCCCCACCACGGCGGCUGUCUUUUGACAUAAAGCCAAGUGAUUCAGUGCAGACGGAUUUCCUGGAUCGGGAGCCCAUUCAGAGGGUCGUACGGCUAAGCCUGGAUUGCAAAGUGAUGGCCACAGGGGGAACAGAUGGGCGACUGAGGCUGUGGAAUUUUCCUCGCAUGACCAAACUUCGGGACAUUGCAGCCCACUCAAAGGAGCUGGAUGAUCUCGACUUCAGCCCCGAUGGGAAGCUCGUCGUGUCAAUUGCCAAAGAUGGGCUUGGUGUCAUCUGGGAUGUAGCCUCGGGCAAGGAAGCUGGCACACUGACGUGGCAACCACCCGAAGGUGUAAAGUACCUCUUCAAGCGCUGCCGCUUCGGUGUGAUUGAGGACAAGAAGAACAAAUGCCGCCUCUUCACACUUGCUAACCCUUUGGGGAAAUCCGGGAAGCAACGUGGCUUCCUGCAGCAAUGGGAUCCCGAAACGGGGACCCUUCAGCGCGCCAUUGGAGUCGAUGAGAGUCUCUCAGCACUCUGUGUGCGCGACGAUGGACGUUUUGUGGCUCUCGGCACGAUGUUUAGUGGCACCGUGAGCAUCCACAUUGCCUUCAGCCUUCAGCGGGUUCUUCACAUACCCAAUGCGCAUUCCAUGUUCGUCACUGGGCUACAAUUCCUCCCUGUUCUCAGCUCCGACGGACCCGCAAUCUCCAGCGAUGCCGAAGCAGCUGUUCUCUCAAUUUCCGUGGACAAUCGCAUUUGCAUUCACAGCCUCCAGUACAGGCGUAAGUUUCCUCAAUUAAUUUCCUUUAAAAGAAACUCAAAGAAAAACUUCCUAAACCUCCUUUUUUUAUUUCUUUCAGACACUCUCCCCGCUUGGGCAGCAAUAAUCCUCAUUGUCGUUAUGCUCUUUCUCACUUUUAUGCUCUGCUCCUUCAUGGGAUUAUAGCUCGACAAUAUUAUUUAUUUAUUACCCUUCAGCAGAAUAAUUAAAGAAGAAAUUACUUAAUAAAAAACCUCAAUAGAUUCGCUUAGAAAAACAACUCAAGGUUUGAUCCCAGGAAGUGCCAGGAUGCGCAAGAAAAGGAAAAACUGAAAAAGUGCGGCGAAAUCACAACAAAAAAAAUGUAAAAGCAACAAAUUUUCUGUUAAAUCAAAUUAUACAUAAUUACAUAAAAUAGUGGAUUUUAGGACAAAAGUGAUUAAAAAUAAAUUGUUAAAGGACUUAAAA